CCAACCUGUGGGUGUACGACGCGCUGGAGGGGUACCGGGCCCUGCAGUAUUUCUCCUGGGUCCUCUAUCACACGGGGCUCAUGAUGGUCUCGGCCGGAGUCGCCAAAUACAUCUCGCCGCAGGCUGCAGGCUCCGGGAUCCCCGAGCUGAAGGUGACGCUCCGCGGAGUCGUGCUGAGCGAGUUCUUCACCCUGCGAACUGGCCUGGCCAAGCUGGUCGGGGUGAUCUGCACCCUGGGGGCAGGCAGCACCAUCUUCCUGGGCAAAGUGGGCCCCUUCGUUCACAUGGCCACGAUCCUGGCCACCCAGCUUGGCCGCGUGAUGGUUCGAGUCGCUGGGACCAAGGAGAACCCGGCCCGCAAGUACGAGAUGCUGGUGGCUGGGGCGGCCGUGGGGGUGGCCUGCUGCUUCGUGGCCCCCGUGGGGGGGGUGCUGUUCUCUGUGGAGGCGACCGGGACGCACUUCGCGCUGCGCGAUUACUGGCGCGGCUUCUUCUCCGCCACCUGCGCCGCCCUCACCUUCCGGCUGCUGCCCCUGCUCCACGGCGAGAGCG